UAAUGCAUCUUUUAAAGCUAGUAGAAAAAUACCCCAUAAUAGAAAAUAAAAGAACAGAUGGGGCUACAGCAAAAGACAAGCAAAUGGCUUGGCAAAGGUUAACUGCUGAGUACAACUCCCAAACUAAUUUCUCCCCCAGAACGGCAGACAAACUGUUGUCUUGUUACAAAAACCAAAAAGUUAAAGUGAAAAAGAUGCACUCUAAUGAAAAAAUGGCUAUCAGAGCACCUUUGCUACUCAAUGCAGUGGAAGAGUAUGGGCAGGACUGGAACCAGGUUGCACAGGCAACAGAAGCAAGCAGUUUAGACUGUAAAAAUACAUUCGAGGAGUUGGUAAAGGAUGCAAAAAGAGAAGAAGCUUUACAUAAAAAAGAAAUUAAUCGUACAGGAGGAGGUCCACCUCCAGAGUCAUCUGGUAGCCGUGACCCUGUAAUUGAAAAGGUCAAAACAAUAAUUGGACCCUCACUGGAAGGGCUAUACACUAUUUAUGACGGAGAUGCAGAGUUUAUGAAGGAGCAGCAAGAGUCAGCAUCCAUUAAUACAGAGAUGCAACCGAUAGAUAUGAUAGUAGUUGACUCACCACAGGUAGAAAAUGGCAAUGAUGACAAAAAAAGGUUAAAUAUUAUGAAAAGGAAGGUAGACCCAAGUCUGGAGUCAUUGAGAAAAGGAAAGAAGCAAAACGUAUCUCAUUCUUUCAAAGAGUUAGCAGAGGAUAAGAAGGACCUGGUGAAAGCCCAAAAAGAACUGGCUGAACUUCAAAUUGAACAUCAGAAGAUAUUAAUUAAAUUAGCUCAAGAAAAACUGCAAUUUGAAGAGAAAAAAAAUAAAAUGGAGCUGGAAUAUCUCAAAGAAAAAUAUGCAUUAGAAUUAAAUAAAAAACAAUGAAUUUAUUUAUUUUUUAUUUUGUUUUGUAUUUAUCCAUCUAAUUAUAAUCUUGCAAAAUAUUCAUUAAUUAAUAAUGUUCGUUCAAUGUUGCCGGCUAUACUUCUGGACAAAGUUCUGGAGUU